AUGCGUUUCUUCCAACGCCGUCGAGAAAAGGAUGCCGACUGGUUGCAGCAGAUGGAGGGAAACUGGUCUGACAGACAUGGCUCCUGUUACGAGGUCAGCCGGGAUGCAGCAUACAAAGGCACUUCGUACUCCUGCAGCGUGCGAAUCCAACGCCCCAGCGGCGAGGCAUUUUCAAGACCAGCCGUCAUCAAGCAGAUGGAGGAUGGCACCAUAAUCUGGGGUCAAAAAUACAUCCUGGAUGAGACACACUCAACCCAGGAUUCGCUAAGCUGGAAGAAUCUGCGAGGGUAUUCUGGCUUCUCCUGGCAGCGAAUGAAGCCGCGGGCCUCGGCACCAAAAGCUGCAGAGGUCCAAGGCGGAGAAGACUGCCGCGUCCACCCUGCGCCACCGCCCCCGCCACCACCGGCAGAGAAGCCACAGGACACAGGGCACAAGGACCCUGCUCCCAGACUCGGCUGGACCCCAACCUGGACGAGGAGGAGUCUGCCCAAACAGGCGGAGAAAGAGGAGAAGAAGGAGGAGACGGAGGAGAAGGAGAAGGAGGAGAAGGAGGAGGACCAGGAUCUGUAUGCCGAGUUGGCUGCGACAGAGGACACUUCUGAGCCUUCUGCAGACGGAGAGGCGAAGCAGGUGGCAACGACU